AUGGCAGUGAGCUCGAUCGAGUCGGGCCUCGAACAAACGAACUCGAUCGAGCUGGGGACUGAAUGCAAAGAGCAAGCUCAAGGAGAUUGGUCUGAGCUGAAGGCGCCUAAAGUCGACCUCAAGCCUUUGCCUGAGGGCCUCAAGUAUGCAUUUCUGGUCUUUUGGAGCAUUCUGGAGCAUAUGGGACAUAAGGAGCAUGGAGGGACUUGGCACAUGGAAGCAGCUCAACUGGAUACGCAAAGGAAGAAGGGAGAAGCCAUCUUGAAGACCAGCUCGACCGUCUACUCGACCAACCGGUCGAGUUCCUCAACUCGACCGGCCAAGCUUCAACUCGAUCGAGCUGAGAAGUCAAAGUCAAACCCGAAAAAUGUGUAUGCGAACUCGAUCGAGUCGGUCUACAGAAGACUUGGUCGAGCUAGACUUACAACGGGUAGAAAGAGGGUUCAGAGGUCACAGAGGGUACAAGAGGAACCUGAGGUGCUUGUUGCUGAUACAAUGGAUGUACCAGAGGGGAAUGGAAACCCUUUGGGCAAUGGACUCGGUCGAGCUAGGCAAACUCGACCGAUUGGUCAAGGAGAUGCUCCAAACCGCCACCAACAGAGACAAGGGAUUGUUCCACCACCAGUGCAGAACCACAACUUUGAGAUCAAGCUGGGAAUGAUCAACCUUGUCCAGAACAAGAUGUUCCAUGGAUUGCCAAGUGAAGACCCCAUUGACCACCUUGAUGAGUUUGAUAGGCUUUGUGAUUUGACAAAGAUCAAUGGUGUCUCUGAAGAUGCCAUCAAGCUGAGACUCUUUCCUAUGUCUCUAGCUGACAAAGCUCACCAAUGGGAGAAGAGCUUGCCCCAUGGCACAAUCACCACUUGGGAUGAAUGCAAGAAGGCCUUUCUUGCUAAGUUUUUCUCCACCGGUCGCACAGCCAAGCUUAGAGGAGAGAUAUCCAGCUUCAUCCAGCGAAACAAUGAGACAUUCGCAGAGGCUUGGGAGAGGUUCAAAGGCUACACAAGUCAGUGCCCACACCAUGGAUUCAACAAUGAAUCACUACUCUCCACUCUUUAUAGAGGAUGCUUGCCUAGGUAUAGGGAGAUGCUAGACACAGCUAGCAAUGGGAACUUCCUCAACCAGGAUGUAGAUGAUGGCUGGCAACUUGUGGAGAACAUGGCCAUAUCAACAUGGAAUGCUAUGGAGAGCAGUAUGAAAGUACAGACUGGAGCUCGACCGCGCACUCGAUCGAGCUGGACGCUCAAUGAGAAAAGACAUGCUUGCACUCAACUCGAAGUUGGACAAACUGAUCCUAGCCCAAUUCCCUGCCAAGCAUGUCAACUAUGUCUCAGAACAAACCUUAGUCAAGGACCAGGAAGGGGAGGAGACAACACAAGAGUUUGCUACAUUCAAAAUAGACAAGGAAGCUAUAGGAAUCCUCAACAAGGGAGAUACAACAAUUAUCAAGCCCCCUGGCCGCACCAACACAAAGUGUUCCACAAGGUUCAACCAAGGACUACUCAUACCCAACCAACUCAAGAUUGGGAUAUGAAGGAAAUGCUCCAACAACUUUUACAAGGGCAAGCCAAAGGUUCUCUGGAAAUGAACAACAAGCUGGUUGAGAUACACUCUAAACUAGAGUCAUUGACUUCAAGAGUCCAAAUCAUUGAGUCUUCAAGUGCAUCAUCCUCUUCACCACAAGAGUAUGCCCAAGCAGUUACACUAAGAAGUGGGAGGCAAUUCCCUAGUAGAGGUAGCCCACCCCAAAUCGCUGUGGACAUCGAUGACGAGGAAGGGGAGGAUUUAGUCGACUAUGCUGAUAACUCGACCCGAACUCGAUCGAGCUGGAACAAAACCCUGAACCAGAACUCGAUCGAGCUGGAGAAACUGAGACACUGCAAGACAAACCAGAGCUCGAUCGAGCUCAGAAGAAACAGACAAAGCAAACUCCAGCCAACCAGCUAA